UUUUUUUAUUAUUUUUCAUCCUAUUGUGUACUUAUAAUGUCCGUAAGAAGAGACGAUUGUAAUUUGUUUUGAAGAAUCGGCGGAAAAACGUUUCCUCGAGCGCGCAGCUCUCUGCACCUCGCGCGCGCGCGCAGUGUGUGUUGUAUAAUUUAUGCACGCAAGCACCUUCGGCUUUUCAUUUUUCAGCGGAAUAUGAAUUCUAAACGACAGCGCGCAUCAGCGCUCUGACUGACACGAGGCGAAGGCAUGAGAGGGACUAGUUAAAUUUCCGACUGGCCGUGCGCAGAUAAACAAAAUAAUUAUAUCAUAGAAUUUUUCUCCGCUUCUUCUCACUCGCAAGCCCGACCCGAAUAAAAUCGAGUUCAACGCGGCGUAUAAGUGUAUAUAGAUAAGCGCUCGCGUCAAUGCGUCGAAAACAAUAGUCGGACUCGCGAAAAAAUAAAGAGCGACGAACGGAACACAUGACUGAUUUUUCUCACCGAGUCCGUAUAAUGUACGCACAGGCGCAGGUCGUCGUGAUAACGACUGCGAGGCCUUGACGCGCUCGCGCGCCGCGGAGUCCAUUAUGAAGUAAUAAAUGCGAACGAUAAUGCGCGAGAAUCGGUGGCGGCCGUAAAGUCUAACGUCCUUUCUUAUCUCAAAGGCUCGAAUUAAACUUUCUGUGUCAAUACACGCCGACAAUGCGGGAGAAACGACGAGAUGGCUGGUGAUUUUCGUAUACAGGAAGCGGUCCGGUUUGUAUACACGCGUCGCUUCUUAUCAACGGGGCCUAAUGCCUAAUUACACACGACGUGCCCGCUGAGUCAGGCGUGAUUUGUCGAAUCGUCUGUUUUUCCUCGAGCUUCCAGAGGGAGCAUCGCGUUGCUGUGCGCGAUAAAAAUCGGCAAACCGAGAGUGAAAUUGUCAGUAGUAACAGCCAGGUGGGGCCCCAGCCGAACAUUCGUACGAUCCUGGGAGGGGCUCGCUCUUCUGGUAGCAUACCCAGACAAACAUACACACACACACACACACACACACACACACAUACAGGUGUCGGCCUAUACACACCCGGGGGCCCAGUCUCCAUCGGCGCACUAUCUAUACAGCAGCAGCCGUGCGCUCACGCGAGCAGCAGCUUCGCUCUCUGUAUGGCCCCCCGCCACCACAUCGGCGAUCGACGAUUUUUCGCUGCGCGCAGCAUUUCUCCGCGGCAGUCCUCCGCAGGCAGUGUUAGUCAGUCAGGCAGCAGCAGCAGCAGCAGCAGCAGCAGCAGCAGCAGCGCGAGAGAGAGAGAGAGUCGAGGUUUUACAGCGCCGUCGCUGGAGCAGCUGGUGUCUAUCGUUGUAAGCGUCGGAGGAUAUAGCCGCAGCUGGAGCCAGAUGUGACAGUCUCCGGAGGUCCUGUAGGAGAAGUCGCCUCCGGCACUUGCGGACACCCAGAGUAACAUCGGCGACAGCAGCAUGACGAUAUCGUACGCGAGCGAGGUGCCGAACGGCUCCUCCUUCGGCUGCUUCUGGAGGAUCCUCAUCAAAUGGAAGGGAUCCGUGUACAAGCUGAUCUGGCGAGAACUGCUGGUCUACCUGGUGGCCUACUACGUCAUCAACUUCAUCUACCGAUACGCACUCAGCGAGGAGCAGCAGAAGGUGUUCGAGAAGAUCCGCUACUACUUCGGCAACUCGAGCGAGUCGAUACCGAUGUCCUUCGUCCUCGGCUUCUACGUGAGCCUCGUGGUCAAGAGGUGGUGGGAGCAGUACAAGCUUCUUCCUUGGCCGGACAAUCUCGCCCUCUUCAUCAGCGCCGCCAUUCCCGGAAACGACGAGCGAGGACGUCUGAUGCGGCGGAACAUAGUCCGUUACGCGGUGCUCGCCUACGUCAUAACGUUGCAGAGGAUCUCGCUGAGGGUCAAGAGGCGCUUCCCGACGCUGCAGCACAUCGUCGACGUUGGUCUGAUGAUGGAGUCGGAGAGGAAGAUCUUCGAGAUGAUGAACAAGAAGGCGGCCAUGUCCAAGUACUGGAUGCCGCUGGUCUGGGCCACGAACAUCAUCAACAGGGCGAGAAAGGAAGGACUCAUAACCAGUGAUCACGUGGUACAGACUCUGCUGGUCGAGCUCAGCGAUAUCAGGAAGAAGCUGGGAGGACUCAUCGGAUACGACACCGUCUGCGUGCCGCUCGUCUAUACGCAGGUGGUUACACUAUCUCUCUACGCAUAUUUUUUCUCGGCUCUUUUAGGACGUCAGUUCAUAUCUCAGACCGAAAACCCCAGCAGCGGGAAAUACGAGAUCCCGGACAUGUAUUUUCCCUUCUUCACCGUGCUCCAGUUUUGCUUCUACGUCGGCUGGCUGAAGGUAGCGGAGGUCCUGAUCAAUCCCUUCGGCGAAGACGACGACGACAUCGAGCUCAACUGGCUGAUCGAUCGGCACAUCAAGGCGGGCUACAUGAUCGUCGACGAGAUGCACGAGGAGCACCCGGAGCUCCUGAAGGACCAGUACUGGGACGAAGUCAUACCGAAGGACCUGCCCUACACGGUGGCCAGCGAGAACUACCGGCGCGAGGAGCCGAAGGGCUCGGCGGAGCACUACAAAGUCAAGGAGAGCGACGCGCUCUACGCGAACGUCUUCCUAGGGCCGACCGUGCACGGCGGACACGCCGUCGGACAUCGAGGCGGCAAGGCCGCUCACAUGCAGGACGACGUCUACGCCGACUACGAGAGCGUGGACACGCCGCUGGUGGAGCGUCGGAAGAACUGGCUGCAGCGACAGAUAACGCGGAUGGGCUCGGUGCGCAGCAGCUCGACGACCUACAGCAGCAGCGGCGCCGGGGGCUUCUUCUCGCGCAACCGGCACAACAGCGUCUACAGCAGUCCCGAGCAGGCGGCCGGACAGCCGGGCAACGGUACGGCCCAGAGCCAGAACCAUCCCGGCUUCAAGAUCUCGCUGUACGACAGGCUCAGGCGGAAGAGCAUCCAGAGCUCGCGUAUGGGCAGGCAGGGCACACUGCCGAAGCUGAACUCGAUCCCGAUAUCGCUGAAGAACCGACCGCGGAUCCCGACGCCGGACGUGACGAAGGAGGUCGUGGACCGCGAGCAGCGACUCGCCCUGUCGGCCAGUAACGCGGCCAACAUCGGGGCCGGCGUCAUCGGCAUGAUACCGCCGCCGUCGUACCAGCAGAGCGCGAGCGGCGUGGCCGACGUGCCGGUGCUCCAGGUCCUCGUCGGCAGCGGAGCCGGCGGCGCCACUGGACUCGUUCUCUCGCCCAUUCAAGAGAAAACCGAGGGCACGCCGGUGGCCAGUCCAGCGGCGGCGCACCUGGCCCAGGCUGUCCUGCCGCAGAGCCUGAAGGCCGCGAGCUUCGUCGCUCCGGUAGCGCUGCCGGUGAGCAUGAGUCAGCUGACUCGUCUGGUCUCCGGCAUCACGACGACCUCCUCCUCGGGGGUGCCCAUAGCCGCGGUGGCAGCGAGUCCGUCGAGCCCGAUCGAGCCGACGAUACCGGCCACCCUGACGGAGCUGAGCGGCAGCAGCAGCGGGGGCAGCGGCGCCGAGGACGAGGGAACCAGCAGCAGCGCCACCCGCAAACUCGACGGCGGAGGCAAGCAGGACGAGAGCGGGGGAGAGGGCUUCAGCACCAGGUCGCCGAUCGUCGUCAGCCCGGAGAAGCUCGACGCGUUGGCUAGUCACAGAGACUGGAGUCUCCAGAACUACGUGAUCCAGGCGAGCGAGCACCGAGCGGCCAGGGCCGAGUCGAAAGGCCGUCGCUCGACGUCCCUGCCGGGACCGGCGCCGGUCCAGGUGCUCCAGCAAGGCCGCGAGGACCGGAGCAUGUCGCUGCCGCACUCGCUGGGCCUGCAGUCGAGCAACGCGACGCCGACGAGGGCCGUGUCCGUGGCGACGCGGCCGGACAGCUUCCUCCAGCCGCUGCAGCAGGUCAACCAGAGCCAGCCGACCCAGACGAGGCCCAGGAGCGGAAGCUUCGACCAGACGAAACUGAGCGCGGCGCACGAGCAGGUGCUCAGGAAGAUCAGCUUCAACGGCAACCCCAACGGGGGCAACUCGCUGCUGCAGCCCGCGGCGGCGAUACUCAUCGGGACCGCGGGAAUCGCCGCGCCGGCGCAGGUCGCCGGCAGCAAGAGGGGAGAGGUCUACGUGUGAGAGGCUCCAUCGACAAAGCUUCGACCCGCGAGCUGGAGCGAGAUUCGCGCGCGACGUUCUUGCCGUCUUAUGUAUGUUCGCUCGAUGUCAAAGCUCGAAAAACGCGCAUGGGAAAGCCUCGAUGUAAAUAAUUCGCGCACGAACGCCAGCGGAACGAGUUUCGACGGGUUGUUUCUGUAGCUAGAUUAAUAAAAAUGCGAAUGACGGAUACGAAGCGGAAAAUAUGUACUAUGUAGAGAUGAUCGGCCCGGAGGUUUGUAUCUCUGUUCUAUACUGGUUUGAUACUAUACUGACCGGCCGACACGCGAUAUGCCAGUAGCGACAUUCCAGUACUGACGAGCCGUCCCUCCAGCAUUCUGGCGAGAGGAUUUUAAUUUUUUUUUACUAAAAACUAUGUGUGUUGUACAGUGUUCGUUCAGAGAUGUAUUACAGUGAAUUGCGCGUUUAGUAUGUGUAUAUCGAACAAAAAGCCGUUUAUGGAGAAACGAAAGAAAGAGAAUCUAAUAUUACGCGAGAAUCUAAAUGUCCUACUUCCAAGCGACAAUACACCGUCCUAUCAUACUUGUGAUGUUUAUUAUUAUACUAUUUUAUAGUUUUCAUAAUGAUUAAAGUAUACAAAUAAUAUAAUUACACGUUAAACGCUAUUAUAUUAUUAUCAAAGGAUAGAAACUUUUAUAAAAAAAAAAGAAAAUGUACAGAAGGGUAUACGAAGCGUGUACGUUGCAUAGGCAAGCUUUGAUAAGCCGAGAGACUGUUUUUACGACGCCUUCGUGCGCGCCGAUUUUAACAUAAACGAAAAGAGAAGUCGACGUGCCUUUGUGUAAAUAAGUUUGCUGCGUAGCAUUGUUAUUGCCGGAUUAGCGAGCGAGAAACGCGUUAUUGCCAUAAUCGUAUAUAACCAAGAUUCGUUUCGUUCGACCGUCGCACGUUUCGCACGUGUCGUUGUACAGAUUUUUUUUAUACUCCGUGUACGAUGAUUUAAACCGAGAUUAUGAAUUUUUUCUUCACUCGCGCGUCCCCGCGAAAAUUUGCCGACGCGGAGAAUAUACAUGUAUACACACACGACAGAUAUGUGCAAUUACUCUACGAGGCCAUACUCGCCAUACUCACUUGUAUCAUUUCUUUUAUUGUUUAAACGUGUGUAGGCAAAUUGUUUAGUAACGAAUAUGGAGGUUUCGAUAGUUUUGAGCGCGUAAGGGUACGUUGCGUUAUUGCUCAAGUAUGAUUCAUAAUCGUAUUAUCCACGUAUAUCGAUUUCAUAAAAAUGUAAUCAACAUCAGAUUGAUAGUAGGUAUUUUGUGUUACAAUAUUUCGAAUUACAAAGAUGAUAUAUAUAUAUAUAUAUAUAUAUGUAAGUGCUCAGCAAAAAAGUUAUGCACAUUUGUAGAUAUAUUAUACACAUGCAGCAUUAUGAUGAAAUCAUUUUUGUUACUUUUCACUACAAACUCACGAUGAAAACAUGAAAGAAGUUAUUAGUAUCUACGUUAAAUGUUAAGCAUUGUGAGGAGGAAUCGUGAUGAAUCUUGUUCAUAUUCACACCGAUUGUAAAUAUAAAUCAUAGCUCACAUAAUUAAUCUAUAUAUCACCGUUGUAUAAAAUAAACGAAAAUAAAAGCGUAUUAUGAUGGUAUUUAAAUAAAGUAAUUGUACGGGCCCGCAAGAACUAAUUGCUUUUACCGUGAAAGCAUUAGCGUUACGUUCUGUUAUUUAAGACAGAGAGAAGGAGCUGUAAGUUAAAUUUUAAUGCUAAAUAAAGGUUUACAGAUCCAAUAA